AUGAGGAAAACUAUUAUAUACAAAGAAAAACCAUCAUCAAAUUCAUCAGAUGAUUAUUAUGAUGAAGUAGUUGAAACAACAUGGGUUGUUAAAUUGGGUGAUAAAAAUAUAACUGAUAAAGAUUUACUCAAUUAUCUUAACAAUCAAACAAAAGAUGAAGAUUUAUUUGAACGUAAGAAUGGAAGUAAAAAUUCAGAUGAAAGCACAAUAGAAACUGAAACUUCUUGGUUUACAAUGGGUAGAAAAAAUAAUCUAACAGAGAAAGAUAUUAUGAAGUUCUUUGAUGAUCAACUAGACUUAGACGACUUGUUAAAAACAGUUUUACCAACUGGAAAAGAAAAAACACCUUCACGUGAAGUGAUCUCAAGGAAAGUUUGGAUCUCAGAUAAUCUUGAUAAAGAAUUAAAAGAAUGGAAUUUUGACCAAAUUGUACAAGAUACAUUUAAGGAUAUAUUAAAACAAAAGUUUUCAUCAUUUGUUAUCAUCACUAGAUAUUCAUCUGUCCUGUAA